AACGGAGUCGUGCAGUGAACGCCUGCGUGUCCCUUUUAAAACAAACCCAGCGCCUGUCAAUCACGGCGCAUUCCAACCAAUCCCAAAGCUCCCUUUUUAAAAGCAGGUUUGCCUGCUGUGCUUUUAUAUUGCACCAUGGCCUGUUUCGAAGCAUUUUUACUACCACGGUUAUUGCCACAAAUCAAGAGGGCAAAGUGAACGGCAUGGGACUCACAUCAACUUUAACGAAAUUGAGUGUGGUUCGUACUUCUGCGAAGUUCACGGCCAAGAAUUUCACAUGCAGAUGAUAUAGCCUACAACAACAACAACACGGGGACAUGGAGACAGAGUUCCUAGGUGCAUCCUGAGUGCUGCAUUUGGUUUGAUUUUGCAAACUCACAGCCACACUCACAACAUAACAUGACAAGCCUUUCCAGGUUUAGUGGCUGCCCUCUCUCUUGCGUCAACCCCGGGGAGAGCAAUACUGAGCCCAGCGUGGUGCUGCCACCUUUGGCAGGAGAGCACAUGGGACACCCCACAGGCAGUUCCUUAAAACUCUGCCCCUCGCACAAUUUGCGAGACUACCCAGAGACGAGGUCCAGUGCAUAUGUUGACCAUUCGGUUCCCAAUUUUUCAGACUCUGGAUACCACAGCCACCGGUUAGAGCACAACCCCAGGGGCAUUAUCAUUGGAGGCAAUCUUUCUGGAGCCGGCAUGCCACCCGUCACUGAUCAACUGGCAUCAAGAACUAACCAACAUGGCGUUAUUGGAAGGUACCGUGACUUCCAUGGCUGCAGGGACAACAGGAGCCAUGCUUUUUUCACAAGUUACCAGGAGCAGGCCCACGCCUCCUCCACCGACUCAUCCCGAGACCUCGGCAGCCAGAUGAUGCUGGGUUUACCUGGCGACCUCCUCACCCGGACUUACCCCUAUGGCCAAACCAUCAGCCCCAAGGGAAACAGCCAGCAGCUUGUCACACAAUUCCUGGGUCUGUACAAACCUCUGAACAUGGCAAUUCAGCGAGGAGGCGGCGACGCGUUCCUCAGAUGCUCUAAACAAACAGUGAAGCAUGAGCUGGUGUGCAAGUGGAGUGACGGCCAAGAGGGGGCCGGGAAGCUGCGGUGUUGUUCCAGAGCCUUCGGGACCAUGUAUGAACUUGUCACCCAUGUGACAGUGGAGCAUGUCGGAGGACCCGAGCACUCCGAGUAUGUGUGUCACUGGGAGAACUGUGCGCGGGACAGGAAGCCUUUCAAAGCCAAAUACAAGCUGGUGAACCACGUCAGAGUGCACACAGGGGAGAAGCCCUUUCCGUGCCCCUUUCACGGCUGUGAGAAAGUUUUUGCAAGAUCAGAGAAUUUAAAGAUCCACAAGAGGACUCACACAGGUGAAAAACCUUUUAAAUGCGAGUUCGAGGGCUGCAACCGGAGGUUCGCGAACAGCAGCGACAGAAAGAAGCACUCGCACGUGCACUCCAGUGAUAAACCCUACAUGUGCAAGGUCAGGGGCUGCGACAAGUGCUACACGCACCCGAGCUCCCUGCGAAAGCACAUGAAGCUCCACUGCAACAAGACGCACGACGCCGCCAAAAGCGGCGACGACGCGACUCCCGGUGACGGGGGUCACGACGCUGAAGCCAGGUCAACCCGAGUCCCCGACGGAGCCCAGAUCAGCCCCGCUCACCCCCCCAUCGCCACCACUCACACUCACGAUGUCCCGCUGUCCCCAGAGAGCCGAGACCAGUCGACCCCGAGGUCACGUUUCCAUCACACGUUUGACAGCAGUUUGGACUACUCCGCUCACAGGUCACAGCCUCUCCUGGAGCCUUUGUUGCUGCAGAGAGGCAGCUACAGGUCCCAGGCCUCGCAGUAUCCGUGCGGACAGACGGGCCACUCGUUCGCCCAGAGCCCGAGGACUUUCCCCUCCACGUCCUCUUUUCAAAAAAGCAUCGUCAAUGGAUGGUACACAUGCCACAGUGGCGUGGACUCGUUCCAACACAAUAACAUCCCGUCUCUCUGAGUGUCCCUUGUUGCAGGGACACAUGUGGACCACUUUCAUUUUAUGGGCCUAUACCUUUUUUUAUCUCUCUCUCUCCCCCCACCCCUCCUCCUCCAUCCAUAAUAUAACCUAAACGUUCAGCUGUAUUUUAUUACUCUCUGUAUUUUUGUGAGCAUAGUAUCAAAUAUUUGUGACACGUCCAAAGUCAAACUAUUGGAAACUUUCCAUGCGUUGUUCCCACAGUGGGUUAGAGGAACUUUUACAAAGUGUGUGUGCGCCCGUGCCCGUGUUUUUAAAGAUAUAUAUAUAUAUAUAUAUAUCUUAUGUAAGACAUAAAAAGUGACAAAGGAUUUUUUUUCUAGAAAAAUCUGCCUCUUGAGUAUUUUGAACUUUGUGGAAAGAGAAUGGAAAGCUCUUCUUGAAUGUUGCCCUGUGUGGGGCUCUUUGUUGAAUGUAAUAGGUGUAAUGUAUGUCGGGAAGCAUAGAAAACAUUAUUCAUGUCUUUAUGUCGAAAGCUAAAAAUAAAUAUCUGAAAUAUC